CGGGAGCGCGCACUUUGCCAGAGUCGGUGCUGCUGCUGCUGUGAGGAGAAGGAGAGCCGCAGUGAGGAUUUCAGUUCUCUCAUCACUGAUUCCGUUCUCUCGGGUUUACACCGACAUCACCAACCGGGCAACAUGCGCGAGAUCGUUCACCUGCAGGCGGGACAGUGCGGCAACCAGAUCGGAGCCAAGUUCUGGGAGGUGAUCAGUGAUGAGCAUGGCAUCGAUCCUACUGGAACCUAUCACGGAGACAGUGACCUGCAGCUGGACCGCAUCAGCGUCUACUACAAUGAAGCCUCAGGAGGGAAGUAUGUUCCUCGAGCCAUCUUGGUGGAUCUGGAACCAGGAACCAUGGACUCAGUUCGUUCUGGGCCAUUCGGGCAGAUCUUCAGACCUGACAACUUUGUCUUUGGCCAGAGUGGUGCUGGGAAUAACUGGGCCAAGGGUCACUACACAGAGGGAGCUGAGUUAGUGGACUCCGUCCUGGAUGUGGUGCGUAAGGAGGCCGAGAGUUGCGACUGCUUGCAGGGUUUCCAGCUCACCCACUCUCUGGGCGGUGGUACCGGCUCUGGCAUGGGCACGCUGCUCAUCAGCAAGAUCCGUGAAGAAUAUCCCGACCGUAUCAUGAACACCUUCAGCGUGGUGCCCUCGCCCAAAGUGUCCGAUACAGUGGUGGAGCCCUACAAUGCCACACUGUCUGUGCACCAGCUUGUGGAGAACACUGACGAGACCUAUUGCAUUGACAAUGAAGCUCUGUACGACAUCUGCUUCCGUACACUCAAGCUGACCACCCCCACUUAUGGAGAUCUGAACCAUUUGGUCUCAGCCACCAUGAGCGGAGUCACUACUUGCCUUCGCUUCCCUGGGCAGCUGAAUGCCGACUUGCGCAAGUUGGCUGUCAACAUGGUGCCAUUCCCACGUCUUCACUUCUUCAUGCCUGGUUUUGCACCCUUGACCAGCAGGGGGAGUCAGCAGUACCGCGCUCUUUCCGUCCCUGAACUGACACAGCAGAUGUUUGAUGCCAAGAACAUGAUGGCCGCCUGCGACCCGCGCCACGGCCGUUACCUGACCGUCGCUGCUGUGUUCCGCGGCCGCAUGUCCAUGAAGGAAGUCGACGAGCAGAUGCUCAACGUCCAAAACAAGAACAGCAGCUACUUUGUGGAAUGGAUCCCCAACAACGUCAAAACCGCCGUCUGUGACAUCCCACCUCGUGGCCUCAAGAUGGCCGCCACCUUCAUCGGCAACAGCACAGCCAUCCAGGAGCUGUUCAAGCGCAUCUCCGAGCAGUUCACCGCCAUGUUCAGGAGAAAGGCCUUCCUCCACUGGUAUACAGGAGAAGGAAUGGAUGAGAUGGAGUUUACUGAGGCUGAGAGCAACAUGAACGACCUCGUCUCGGAGUACCAGCAGUACCAGGACGCCACAGCCGAAGAGGGCGAGUUUGAGGAAGAGGGUGAAGAAGAGGCUGCCUAAAUCGCUCUCUGUCCUUCAUUCUAUCAUAUGAUUGCUUAUUUUGUGUUUUCUUGCUUAUCUUGCCACAUUCUUCCAGUUUUAAUCUUCCGGGUGUUUUGUGAAAGUGAAUCUGUUUGAGAUAAAAGCUCUCAUAGCUACAAUUCUCUCUUUAGAAAUGGAGUCUUGAUUUCCUGUGCUAUCUUGAAGGUAAUUUAGUCGGUUAAACUCUUAGUCUGUUGUUUUCCUGUCACGAUGAUACUCACAGUGCUCAUCAUAUAUACUUGUUUUACAGAAUAAAGCAACUUAAACUUCAGCUUCAAUUCAAUAAAAAUGUGGUUAAACAAA